ACAGUAGGACCGACCUGGAUUAUUUCCCCCCGGUAAGCCGGUCCUCUUCCAGUCUUCCUCCCUCCCCGCGUCUCCUCCCGGGUCGCAUCUGCCAUCAUCCUCCCCCGACGCGUUCCUCCGGCAGGCGAGCGGCGGCCAGCCCCCACUACCUCGUGCCCCCGCCCCCCACUCCGUCCUCGACCCUGCGGCGGCGCGUCUCAAGGGUCGGCCGGCGUGGAGGAUAGGUGCAGGCGCGCGCAGCCCCCGGCUCCAGGUUUCUGCUGAUAUUCUACUUCCUGUCAUACGUGCUCCAGGGCUAGGAGGGCUGUCUCGUGCUCGAAAUGGCAGAUGGGGACUCGUCCGACUUCACCUUCUGCAAGGUUGAUUAUGCUGAAAAUGAUGGUCAUUUGGACUCCCCUAAUUCCAUCCCUGUGGCAAGUAUGACACUGGAGGAUGUUGACAGUAAUGGUGAGACUAAGAAUGUUCCGGAUGACAAGCAAACAGCCAAUCCAGUUACUGUUCAAAAGUCUAGUUCCAUAUCUAGUCGUGCCAAUAGUGUAUUGCUUCAAGAAAUCAAGAUAGAAGAACCAGUUGUACCAAGCAGUAGCGGAGAGUCUGUGCAGCCAAAUGUAUCAGGUCAACCAAAACCUUCAAAGAAAUCUGCUGUACGUGCAAAGGUUCCUUUUGAGAAGGGCUUUAGUCCAAUGGACUGGCUUAAACUGACUCGUACACAUCCAGAUCUGGCAGGGCUUAAGGGACAGUCAAACCGGAGGCUAAUUUCUUUGGAAGAAGUUAAGCAGCAUAAAACUGGAGAUUGUAUUUGGACAGUUUUGAAAGGCCGUGUGUACAAUAUUGGUCCCUACAUGAAAUUUCAUCCAGGAGGAGUUGAUAUGCUUAGGAAAGGUGCUGGAAAAGACUGCACUGCUUUGUUCAAUAAAUACCAUGCCUGGGUGAACGCAGAGUUCCUCUUGGAGAAAUGCCUCGUGGGAUACCUUGAUCCCAAUGAGUAGAUCAUGCUCUAGCUGGUUCUGAAGAAUGUAAACAGCGCGUUGAUGAAGUAUAGUGCAGAUAGGUUGAUCAACAUUUUCUGCGGAAAAUAGACGAAUAAAUAAAUUUGAUGACGACGGUCCUUGAAGAACAAAUUGUCAUCACUGGUUGCUGCAUAAAAAAGUACUACAUGUUGGGUA